UUGCUUUGGCAGUUGGACGACGCGACUCAUAAAGUGAUAAUCGGGCGGCCAGCCGAACCGCAGAAAAUCGAAACAUUCGUAAAAUUCUUAAUUGAAUAAUAAUUAAUUCAAAAAAUUUUUAAGCCUCAAGCUCUUCUUGAAGAAAGUAAACAUUUAAGCUGUUCUUAAGCGAAAACACGCAAAAUGCAAGUUUUCGAUAAUACUAUGCGCCGUGCAUCACGACGUGCCUCCUUGCGUCGCGGCUCCAUUUCAGUGCUGCCACAAAAAUCUGCCGAAAUUCCAUGGGACAUUUUGGAACGUCUGCUAUUGCCAUUCCUCUUUUGUCAUGCUGCCGCAUUAAUUAUCUCAACAUUAUUGCAUGCAUUGGAUAUUUCGCAUGUCUCUACGUUUGCGGUAUUCGUUUGGUUUGCGCUGUCAACUGUCGGAGCUGUGCUCUUCUAUCAUUUCGUUAAGGUUUCUUCAUAUGGCAAAGGUGUACUGAUUACUGGUUGUGAUACUCCCAUCGCUUGGUAUUUGGCUAAGAAACUUGACGAUUUAGGUUUCACCGUUUACGCUGGCUUUAAUGUGCCAAUCGAUGAAUCGGAUGAAGCGAAAAUCUUAAAGGAGGAAACUUCCGGUCGUUUGAAAUUGUUGCAUUUGGAUGUGAGCUCCGAGAAAUCGUUACUUGAAGCUGCUGUCUACAUUUCCGAACAUUUACCCGAUGGUGCUUAUGGCUUGUGGGCUGUGGUGCAUUGCGCUCACUGGGUUGCCUUGGGAGAGCUUGAGUGGAUUCCAUUUGGUGUAUUGCGCAAGUCACUGGAUUUGAAUUUGUUGGGUGCCGCACGUUUGACCCAGAUUAUGUUGCCACUAAUUCGCCGCUCAACCGGACGUGUUGUCUUCUUGACCUCAGGUCUUAGCAAAAUCCCGGCACCUGUGCGCGGCAUUCAGAGCGCCACCCAAGCGGCUAUUGAAAGUUUUGCCGGCUGUCUGCGUCAGGAGAUGCGUCAACGUGGUGUCGAUGUGUCGGUGGUGGCUGCCGGUGAGUUGGCACCCGGCAACAGUUGGCUUAACGAAACGGAAUUGCGUGAACAGGCUAAAGAAAUGUGGGCUCAGUUGACAUCUGAGCAGAAGAAGACCUAUGGCGAGGACUAUUAUGAAGCUGCUAUGACUUCGUUGGAAAAAUACUCACGUGAGACCGCCGACAUUCAACCAUCUCUGCGCGUUUUGAUCGAUGCUGUCUCCCGCACUUUCCCCAUGGCUCGCUAUACACCUGUAACUGCUCGCGAAAAGAUUCAAAUUUUCUUGGCUGAACACUUGCCUACCGCACUAUACGAGAUUCUCUUCGCUGAACCCAAAAAGAGGGUGCGUCCACAAGGUGCAUUCUAAGUAAUCGAUUGGAAAGAAAAAGCAAAUGGCAAACACACACAAGGACAUGGCUAAUCACUGAAUAAAUUUGUAUUGUUGUGAUCAUAUAAAUAAUUAAAAAUAUGCAUAAAUACAUUUGCUAAAUCGUUAGCAUAUAAGUAACUGCACACGUACACAAUUGAAAUUAUGAAACUUUUAGUCUUUUAACCGUAGUCAAUAGUUAAAGAAUUUUUGUACUAAACAAGCAUUUAUUUUUUAUGGAAUCGAGUGAAUUUAUUUCUGCAAACAAAUCAAUUUGAGUUUAACCACAUUUUAAUAGUGUGAAACGCAUUUAUGUAUUUGUUUUAAUGUUUAUUUGUUCAUAUUAUUUUGUAACUUUUUAAAUAAUUUUUUUUUUGUCUACUGAGAAUUAGGUGAAAUUUAUUAUCAAUUCAUAGUUCUAAGGUUGUUAUCGAUAAGUCGUUACUUGGCGUACAUACGUACAUAUUUGUAUCUUCUUUGAUUUUAUAGAGUAAAUAUUCAGAGGUUUAAAUAAAGGUGAACACAACAACAAUCUUG